AUGGAAAAAUGGAGACAAAUAUGUCGAAUCUAUGUAUACAAAGUAUGUGGAUGUUUUGAUUCUCCGGCCAGAUGUGCAGUUCAGAAUAUGAACCAAUUUAAUUGUUAUUUUGGCUGCUCCUGGUCUUUACAUCCUGGAACAUUGAUAGAAGAAGUAAUGAAAUAUAACACCUUAGAGGAAAAUCCAGAAUUGAGGACAGAGCAGACCGUAGAGAUCAUGAGCAGAGUUCUGGAUGAAGAUAAAGGCAAUAUAAACGGUGUUAAAGGGUCUUCACCUUUGAUUCUUGCUGAAGUGCCAAGGUCUAUCACGGAAAGGAAAUAUUGGAAAGCUAAUGAGUGGAAAACGCGACUCCUUUUCUAUGCUUUACCAUGCCUCCGUCGUAUCCUUCCGGGCAAAUACAUGCAAUAUCUUCUUGCUCUUAAAAGAGUUAGUUUCUAUCGAUGACAUUAGAAGUUAGAAACCUGUUAGCCUUUGUGCACCCACAACAAAAGGUCAAGUUCCUCCCCCAAUGCUCAAAAUUUUUCAGUAUAAAAAGGAAGUGGAAAGGUCAAACAGAGUGCGAUGAACACCUGUUUUCUCACUUAUGGAACAGCUUCUGAGUCUUCAUUGUGUUAAAUCUUCCCCCUACCCUCCCCCCCUUCUUUUUUGAAAGUGCAGGUGUUUGGAAUUCCUGAAAUCUUAUCUUUUAGUUAAAGAAUUGGACACACCUGUUUAGAUUUAUGGCCUUUAUGAGAAGAAAAAUGUAAAAAAAUGGCCUUUAUUGGAGGUAGUCAGGAAAAUGUGGCCCUUUAAUGGGAGGAAAAUUAGCAUUAUGUCUAUGGGGAAAAUUUUCGUUCCUCAAAAUAUUGGCCCUUAAUAGAGGUGGCCUUUAGGAGAAGUUUCACUGUAUUUUAAAGACAACGGGGAAAAAAAUACUAGAUUUUCUUUUCUACAGAAGUGAAAUUUCAUCAAAGUUACUGUACAGGGAAACACAGUCUGGAGGCCUACCAUAGGGCCCUUUCAAUUGUAAGAAAUAUUUGGCAAUACACAUAGAAAUUCUAUACCUAUCAGAAAAAGUUCAUAAGAAUGCCACUGUAACCAUGUGCAUCAUAAGUGUAUAAGAAACCAUCAAAUGCUAUAGUAAUGCGAUUCAGUUUUGCUUUGAAAAUAGGAGUAUUUUGAGGGAGGAAAAACACCCAAUUGCCAGAUAGUUGCAAAGAUGAAGAGUUAACUAAGAUUACUAUACAGUUUUAAUACACAUAUAAUUCUAAUUACUUCAUAUGUUUAUCAAUUUUGGAAAUAUAAAAGAAAAAAAUUAGUAAACUAAAAAGUUUCAUAACUUCUACUCACU